CAUCCUCCGUCUCAACAGAGAGCUUCAAACGGUAAGUAUGACCAUCAGAGUCCUUCUUUCGGCGCCCAACUGGGCGGACAUCCUCCGUCUCAACAGAGAGCUUCAAACGGUAAGUAUGACCAUCAGAGUCCUUCUUUCGGCGCCCAACUGGGCGUUCAAACGGUAAGUAUGACCAUCAGAGUCCUUCAUUCGGCGCCCAACUGGGCGAUUCCAACGGUGAGUAUGACCAUCAGAGUCCUCCUUUCGGCGCCCAACUGGGCGGACCUCUGUCUCAAUCGAGAGCUUCCAACGGUAAGUAUGACCAUCAGAGUCCUUUACUCAGCGCCCAACGGGGCGAUUCCAACGGUGAGUAUGACCAUCAGAGUCCUUCUUUCGGCGCCCAACUGGGCGGACAUCCUUCGUCCCAACAGAGGUCUUCCCAUUCUGCUCAACAGAGAGCUUUAUUUGGCAUCCUCCCGGAUGAUAUGCCUCGGACCCUCCAGGGCGGUGGUUCAUCGUCUCGACAGAGACUAACAGAUGGCCAUCGAGGUAAGUAUGAUCCUCAGUCUCAACAGAGAUGUCGCCAAAUCUCCGGCACCGCGUCGAUCGCUUCUGUUGCCACAUCUUUCGAAAACACACCCUGGAGGCUCGACCGCUGCCAAUCGAUCGCCCUGUCUCACUUGGAUGAGCCUUGGGAGCGAAUGCCGCCGCCGCCUCGUCGAGUUCCUUCGCGCAGCUCGCUGGCGUCUGCAGACACGAUGCGUCACAUUCCCGGCGAAUCGACUCUUUGCUCAAUCCCGCCUUUGAGCCAACGGGUUUCCGACACUGCGCCGACUCGACGAGCUUCCGACGCCAUGUCUUUAGAUCAACAGCUUCCCUCGCCAGAACGCCGAGUUCGAAACAAGCCCUUGAGUCGACAAAUUCACACUUCGCCAGAACGACAGGCUCGAAACAACGCGCCCUCGAACGAACAGGUCUCUCCUGCGACAGCGCUGCCUCCCGCGAACGCUUCGAUCCCCCGGGACCCUCGACUCCCAUGUGUCGAACGCGACAACUCCGCAAUCGACCGCAAGCCUCUUCAGGCCAAUAGCCUGAUCAAGAGAACGAAGCCAUCGCCACAUCGGACCCCUCGAGCCAUCGUCCCUUGUAAGAGAAGCGAGCGCCCCUCAAGCUCGAUCGACAGCUCAGUUUCCUCGAGAUGCGGCAUGUCUCCCAAGGCACGUGGGAAAGAGCUUCUGCGACAGGCGCGACUCCAUCUCAGCGCACACCCGCCAAUUCAGGGCUCUGUCAUCGGCUCGAUCCACAGCACCGAAAGCGACGAGUCCGAGUUCAAGCUCGUUGAACGUGAUGGGGAGUUUACCGUGGAGUUCAAGGCUCAACAGCUUCGGCCCGCCACGGACAUGCCUACAUACCGUUGCUGCAACUGCGACGAAAAGGGCCACGCUGUCAUUGACUGUGUCAUACCCCAAGCAGAUGGCUACGUUUGGGGAUGCGUUUGGUGCAACUCGAGGACUCACAACUGGGACGAUUGCCAGGCGCCCGACAAACCCAAGGCCCCCGAAGCUAUCCUCUACAUGCUCGUCGUUCGCCGCGGUCGCAAGCCUCCGAUUGUCACAACAGUGUCCUGGUACAACCUUUUCAUGGACUCCUACAAGGGUUUCAAGCUUCAGGUGCGCAAUCGUGGGGAGCACGUCUCUGCCAAAGAGUGCCUCGUGGACAUGGCCCUGGCAGCAGGGUUUCCUCUGACGCAGGCGCGAUCCAUGUGGAUGCGCAUCAACGACCCCGAUCCGCUGAUCAAGUACGACUAUCACAAGAUGGGUACCUCUUCAUUGCCCGUCGAUCCCGCCACCAAGGACAUUGACACUCUUGUCAGGGGCCACUGGCUUCAGUGGGAGUACUUUGGUGGGCAUGUCGCCUUUUGGGCCCAGUACGGCAUGUUUGUUGGCGGGGACAAGAAGACGAACCCGCAGGCUAUAUCGGAGAAUAUGGCAGUGUUUCACUUUGGGGAGCGUCCUGCGUGAUGAUGAGGCCGAGGAGGAUGAGGCCUGGGAGGAUUUGAAAGGCAUCGCCGGGUUGGAUUGAGAGGCUCAGCCGGGGAGGACUUGCAAGGCUCAGCCGGGUUGGAUUGAAAGGCAUCGCCG